CACGGGAGCGGGCUGGGUCUGGCUGCGGGGCCCGCCGGCUGCAGCAGGCUCCGUGGGUCCCGGCGGCGCGCACCCGCGGAGGGAGGGCCGAGGGCUUGGCGUGGCGGCGGCGACUUUGGCGUCCGCGAGGCGCCGGCGCAGAGUCAGGAUGCGGCGGAGCCCCCGCCCGGGCUCGGCCGCGUCCCCGCACAAGCACACGCCCAACUUCUAUAGCGACAACAGCAACAGCUCAGUGAGCACCACCUCGGGGGACAGCAGCGGCCAUCGGUCAGCUGGGCCGGGGCCCGGGGAGCCCGAGGGCAGGAGAGCCCAGGGCUCGAGCUGCGGUGAGCCCGCCUUGAGCCCAGGAGUGCCCGGAGGAACCGCACGGGCCGGAAGCUCUCGGCAGAAGCCGGCGCUGCGGAGCCACAGUGCGCCGACCGCCGAAGGCGCGGCAACCGUGAGGGGCGGGGCCUCGGAACCGGCUGGCUCUCCCGUUGUGUCUGAGGAGCGGCUCAACCUUCUCUCGACCCUGGAUCUGAGGCAGGAGAUGCGGUCCCCGCGAGUUUUCAAGAGCUUCCUGACCCCACUUUUCCAGGUGCUGAGCGUGUUUUUAUCCCUGCUAGGAGAGGUGCUGGUCACUGUGUACAGGGAAGUCUGUUCCAUUCGCUUCCUGCUCACGGCUGUGUCACUGCUGAGCCUCUUUCUGACAGCACUCUGGUGGGGUCUCCUGUACCUGGUCCCUCCUUUGGAGAGUGAACCUGAGAUGCUGACUAUAAGGGAGCCAACCACACUGUGCCAACCUCCUGCCUGCAGCGAGUACCACGAGCGCGUGCGCACCCAGGGGCAGCAGCUGCAGCAGCUGCAGGCCGAGCUGGAUCAACUCCACAAGGAGGUGUCCAGCGUUCGCGCAGCCAACAGCGAGAGAGUGGCCAAGCUCGUAUUCCAGAGGUUGAAUGAGGACUUUGUUCGAAAACCCGACUAUGCGCUGAGCUCUGUGGGAGCCUCCAUCGACUUAGAGAAGACAUCCCGUGACUACGAGGACGCAAACAGCGCCUACUUCUGGAAUCGCUUCAGCUUCUGGAACUAUGCGCGGCCACCCAUGGUUAUCCUGGAGGUGGGCCUGGAACACGGAUCCCGGAGCGGGCCUGGGGGCGGGACGCUGGGGAACGAACCCAAUAGCUCUCUGGAGGUGGGACCAUCUGAGCCGAGAUGGGGGCGUGGCCUAGGCGGGGCCCUGCGGGGCCAACGGGCCGGGCUGGAGGCCGGACCUGGCUUGGCUGAAGCUCCUUUUGCUGAGAAACCUGGCAAGAGGGCCUCCAGGUUGAUGAUGAGACGGAAGUUUUCCUGGGGAAAUUCACCUUCGACAUGGAGAAAUCUGAGAUUCAGACUUUCCACCUACAGAAUGACCCCCCAACUGCCUUUCCCAAGGUGAAGAUACAGAUUCUAAGCAACUGGGGUCACCCCCAUUUCACAUGCUUGUAUCGAGUCCGAGCCCAUGGCAUGAGAACCUCGGAGGAAGCAGGGGACAGUGCCACAGGGGGGCCCAAUUAAACAUGCUGAUUGUUAAAAUAGAGUGGAGGUCUGUGCUGAAAGAAGCUGGAGCUGGAUCAGGGCUGGAGGGUCUGUUGGGAGCUCUGGUUGCCUUUGGUAUAUAAAUAUGAUAGGGGGUCUACCUCCCAAUGCAGCCUCUCUUUUCUUGGAGAAGUCCAGGUCAAUAUAGUAGUAGCAGCUCAUGUUUACGGAUGUUUCCAUGUAAAAGAGAUGGUACUUUGGACAUUACAAACAUCUAGCUAAUCCUCACAACCACCGAGGGGGAGACCACCCAAGGUCAUACACCUUGGGAGGACAGCAUCACAGAGGCAUCCAAGCCCACCUUCCUCCAGAGGCCACCCUUUUACUGCAGAGCUGCCAGCCAGCCCGAAGCCAUGCUGUGAACCUGUUCCCACUCCCAGCCUCUGGGAGAGCCGCCUUUCCUCAGGUAAACACUCAAACACUGAGGCUUAAGAACUUCUAGGAAGCAUCUAAGUCAGAGUUGAUGCAGGCCUCAUAGCCCCUACUUAGGUUACCUUCACUGAAACCUCAGUGCCCAACUCAAUACUAGGCACAAUACAGAUGGUCUAGUGUUCACCAGUCUCUGUCCUCAAGAAGCCUGGUAGGAAAGAGAGGAUGCUCCAGAAACGGCAAUUCAUUUACUGAUCCAAGAAUUCUUCAUUAAAAAAGAAUUAGAGGAAUAAAGGAUGGGGACAGUCAUCAAAGGGUUAAUGAGUUCUACCUGGGCAGAGCAGAAAAGGGUGACCAGUAUCAGCAAAGACACAGGCAGCAUCUUGGCUGUUAAAAUCCUUCCCCGUGUGUUCAUGUUUUGGAAGAAUAUACGCACUAUUAACAAUGGUAACCCUCUAGGAAGUGUACUGGAGCACAUAUCCAUCUGUUAAUUUGGGGGGUAUUUUGUAAUUGGAAGACAAAGGAAAAAGGUUCUCUCAAAUGGCCUCAAGACUAAAAUUAGAAAUAUGAACUCUCAUACAGCUUUUCUGGAGGGCAGUUUCACAAUAGGAACCAAAAGCCUUAAAAUUUGUAUACUCUUAAUCACUGCAAGUCCAUCUUUAUGGACCCAAAGGAUACACAGAUGUAAUAAAAAAUACUUUAAAAAUAUUUUUAUUGAUUUAUAGAGAGGGAGAGGGAGAAAGAGAAACAUCAAUAUGAGAGAGAAACAUCAGUUGCCUCCUGUAUGCACCCUGACCGGGACCAAACCCACAACUUGGGCAUGUGCCCUGACCAGAAAAUAGAGAACCAGCAACCUCUCAGAGAACAGGACGAUGCCCAACCAAUUAUUGAGUCACAUUAGCCAGGGCCAAAGAAAAUACUUUUAAAAAUAUUCAUA